AUGGCUCCCAAGGUUUUCCUCACCGGCGCUACCGGUUACAUUGGCGGAGAUGGUUUGUUUGCCAUAGCCAAUGCCCAUCCUGACUGGCAGUUCUCGGCUCUGGUCCGUAGCCAGGAAAAGGCUGCUCAAGUUACAAGCAAAUACCCCAAGAUCCGGACCGUGAUCGGCGAUCUAGACUCGUCUGACUUGAUUGAACAUGAAGUCAAGAAUGCCGACAUUGUCUUCCAUUUUGCCGACUGUGAUCAUGUUGCUGCAGCUCAGGCCAUCGCCAAGGGCUCGCAGCAUCACACACCCGAGCACCCACUGUGGAUCAUCCAUACCUCCGGCACCGGUAUAUUAACAGUUGAAGACCAGCGCGCUGGCACUUAUGGAAUCGAGCGACCUAAACAGUAUAACGACUGGGAUGGUGUCAGUGAGCUUGUCAAUCUCCCAGCCGAUGCCUUCCAUCGCAAUGUGGAUGUAAUUAUCCUCGGUGCUGGUCAACAGAACCCGAGCAGUGUCAAGGUUGCUGUUGUUUGCCCACCAACUAUCUAUGGUCCUGGUCGUGGUCCCGGUAAUACCAAAAGUGUUCAGGUCUACUGGCUCAGUGCAGCUGUGUUGAAGCGCAAGCAGGGCUUCCUGGUCGGAAAGGGCGAGAACGUAUGGCACCAGGUCCACGUUCAGGAUUUGAGCAAUGUGUACUUGGCUUUGGGCGAAGCAGCCUCCGAGGGAGGCGGCAAAGCUACCUGGAAUGACGAGGGCUACUACCUGGCCGAGAAUGGAUCGUUUGUUUGGGGUGAUGUCCAGCGUGCAGUUGCACAGGCUGCUUUUGAUAAGAAGCUUAUUGCUUCUCCUGGUGUGGAGUCUUUGGACGGUGAUCAGACAACCGAUCUUCAUCCUGCUGGAAUAUAUGCUUGGGGAUCCAAUUCCCGGGGUAAUUCGCUUCGUGCUCGCAAGCUCUUCGGAUGGUCUCCCCAACAGCCUAAGUUGUUUGACCUGAUUCCCGAGAUUGUUGAGGUUGAGGCCAAGGCUCUUGGAUUGCUGUGA